AAGAUCAUCAAAUAAAUUUUCUCGUUCAUGGAGUGCCCUCAUGACCUGCCAAGUGUCACAAACCCAUUUCCUAGAAGACUCCUCCCUUCUUCACCUCUCUACGAGACUACGAGAAACCAAACUCCUCCUCAAACUAAUCCAUUUUCAUCACUCCUAACAAAUUUUCGAUUCCAAAACAGAAAACAAGCAGAGACCAAACUUUUCUCUCAAGCUGCAAUGCUCAAAAUCUUCAACAAGAACCUGAAGCGCCUCUGCACCAGGCUCCGGCGGCGGUGGCCGCUCCGCCGCCGCCGCUCCUCCAAGCCCAAAGUCGUCGUCAAAAAGUACGGAAAAUCCAGCUCCAAAUCCAAUCUAGACCCAAUCCCAAAUGGGUCGGCAACAGUUCAUCCAAACGGCCCAUCAAUCUCUCCCAACUCACAAAAACCCAUCCGCGUAGCCACGUUCAAUGCUGCCCUGUUUUCCAUGGCCGCUGUCAACGACGACAAUACGCAAUCAAGGCAACGACAACAACUUGGUUUCACUUUACGAUCCAAGUCAGCAAUCGACCGGCCGAAGAGCAUUCUGAAGCAAUCUCCCUUGCAUCCCAGUUCGACAAAUGGUUCGGGCUCGGAAAACCUCCCUACCCAGGAGAAAUUCGCGAAAUCGAGAUUACGGGUUUCGAUCAAUCUGCCAGAUAACGAGAUAUCGCUGAGUCGAAGCGGGAGAAUCAGGUUUGAUGAAGGUGAAAAAGAGAAAGAAGGUGGUACUGCUGCUGCUUCUACUUCUUCGAGUGUAAAUAAGAGUAGAAUUUUGAGAGGGAAGACUCCAGUGAGAUCAGCGUCGAGCUUGCCGUUGAGAAUGGAAAACGAGGAGGAAAAGAAGUACCAGAGCAGUAGAACGGUUGUGGAAGUGCUGAGGGAAUUGGAUGCGGAUAUAUUGGGGUUGCAAGAUGUGAAAGCAGAGGAAGAGAUGGGUAUGAAGCCCUUGUCUGAUUUGGCUUCUGCCUUGGGGAUGAAUUACGUUUUUGCUGAGAGCUGGGCUCCUGAAUAUGGGAAUGCUAUUCUGUCCAAGUGGCCGAUCAAGAAGUGGAAAGUUCAGAAGAUUUUCGAUGACUCCGAUUUCAGGAACGUCCUGAGGGCCACGAUAGAUAUUCCACGGGUAGGAGAAGUGAAUUUCCAAAGCACCCUCCUCGAUCACCUAGACGAAAAUUGGCGAAUGAAGCAGAUUAAUGCGAUAAUUGAGUCUAAUGAUGGCCCACAUAUUUUAGCCGGAGGUCUCAAUUCUUUUGAUGAGACAGAUUACUCACCCGAAAGAUGGACAGACAUUGUAAAGUAUUAUGAAGAAAUGGGAAAGCCCACACCAAAGGCAGAGGUGAUGAGAUUUUUGAAGAGCAAACAAUAUACGGAUGCUAAAGACUUUGCAGGGGAAUGUGAAUCAGUUGUCAUGAUUGCCAAAGGCCAAAGUGUGCAGGGGACGUGCAAGUACGGAACAAGGGUCGAUUACAUAUUGGCAUCAUCGGAUUCGCCAUACAAGUUUGUUCCUGGUUCGUACUCGGUUUUUUCUUCCAAAGGGACAUCCGAUCAUCACAUCGUGAAAGUGGACAUAACCAAGACAGAAAGCGGUGUCGAACAGUAUGUCGAUAGGAAGCCGAAGCAACGUAAACAAAGAAUUGUAAAAAUAACAAACUCUUCCUCAACAAAGGGUAUAUGGAAAACAGACAGAGGUAGAUAGGCGCGCAAUUGAACGUUUUUCUCCUUUUAGUUUUACUUGUUGUCAAAGAGCAGCAUAUGUUUGGCCUGCUUCCUUUUCCUGCAAUUGAUACACUUCUAUUUGUUUUCUGGCUGGUUUUUCAACUUUGUCAUCUCUCUCCUAGGCGAAUCUGUAAAUUCUUGUGGAUACAGAGUGAUUUUAUCUUCUUAAUAAAUCCUUCCCUUCUUUUAUUGGAAA